CACAUUGAAGUUGUGUCUGUUAUGAUUAUUUUAAGAGUUAAAGUGACAUUGUUGUCUGUGUUUACAUUAGACACAAAGAAGCUUAUUAGUGUGAAGCCAGACCCAAUGAUGACCUGUGAGCUCUGUUAGACGCAAGACUACAUUCAAGUCACAUCAGGGAUCUACAAAUAAAGGUUGACUGACGUCAGCAGCGGGUCCAGUCAGUAGAAAGACAGCAUCUCCUCCUCCCAGCUGUGCUCGUGAAGCUGCUGUUGGCCCUGGCGCAUCGGAGGGAGACUUGUGAUCCGGUCCAUUAUCUCUCUGUGUUCGGGACUAGCACCAUGGGGGGAUUAGAUGCGCUUCGGCAGCUUAAUUUGAUCAAAUGGCUCCGAGAGGAGAGACAGUCGAGGAAACUGAGUCUCUUCAUUGUUUUCGUCGCUUUGCUCUUGGAUAACAUGCUGCUGACUGUAGUCGUUCCAAUCAUUCCCAGUUACCUGUACAACCUGGACGAGUCAGCAGACGUGACGGUGAAGAAUAUCACCCCGCCGCAGCAGGAUCCUCCAGCAGCCUUCCACAGCAUUGUGUCUCUUUACGACAACACCAUAAGGUCUCCGGGCUCCAACACCACCAUAAGGGCUACGGACGUGGUUCCUUCGCCUCCCGCUGCGACAGAGCUGCCAGACAACUCCUCUGAGUGCCCCCAGUCUACCAGCAAGCUGCUCGAUGAGAACGUCAAAGUGGGAAUGCUUUUUGCCUCCAAGGCCACCGUACAGCUGAUAACCAACCCCUUCAUAGGGCCCCUCACUAACAGAAUAGGAUAUCAACUUCCCAUAUUUGCUGGCUUCUGUAUCAUGUUCGUGUCUACCAUCAUGUUCGCCUUCUCAUCAAGCUACACUCUGCUGUUUCUGGCCAGAUCGAUGCAAGGUGUGGGCUCCUCCUGCUCCUCUGUGGCUGGGAUGGGAAUGCUUGCGAGUGUGUACACAGAUGAUGAGGAGAGAGGCCAUGCUAUUGGGAUCGCCCUUGGAGGUCUGGCAAUGGGAGUGCUAGUUGGGCCUCCAUUCGGCAGUGUAAUGUACGAGUUUGUUGGGAAGACGGCACCUUUCCUUAUCCUGGCAUUCCUGGCUUUGUUUGAUGGAGCUCUGCAGCUCAUUGUUCUUCAGCCCACCAAGGUGGAACCAGAGAGUCAGAAGGGCACCCCGCUGUUGACACUAAUGAAAGAUCCAUACAUUAUAAUCGCAGCUGGUGCCAUUUGUUUUGGAAAUAUGGCCAUUGCAAUGCUGGAGCCGACGCUGCCCAUCUGGAUGAUGGAGACUAUGUGUGCCAGGAAAUGGCAGCUAGGCGUUGCUUUUUUACCAGCGUCCAUCUCCUACCUUAUUGGAACCUACAUCUUCGGCACGUUGGCGCACAAGAUGGGGAGAUGGCUUUGUGCUCUUAUUGGAAUAACCGUUGUUGGAAUCAGUGUAAUAUGUGUCCCACUUGCCAAAGACAUCUACGGUCUGAUUGUUCCAAACUUCGGUGUUGGUUUUGCUAUCGGCAUGGUGGACUCCUCUAUGAUGCCUAUCAUGGGUUACCUGGUGGACCUGCGCCACGUGUCUGUCUAUGGAAGUGUGUAUGCCAUUGCCGAUGUGGCUUUCUGCAUGGGAUUUGCUUUAGGUCCAUCCAUCGGAGGAGCCAUAGCUGAGAGCAUCGGCUUCCCCUGGCUGAUGACUAUUAUCGGGAUAGUGGAUAUUAGCUUCGCUCCUCUCUGCCUCUUCCUCAGGAAUCCACCAGGACAAGAAGAGAAAAUUGCUAUUUUGAUGGAUACUAACUGUUCAAUGAAGACAAGGUCCUACUCCACACAGGGGACGUACUACCAGGGUGAGAACAUGGAUCCAGAAUAUGAUGAUUAUGAUUAACAGGACACCAGCCACGCAGGUUAACCCUUCAGAGGAUCUAUUUUGUUGUACAAAAAGGAACACAGAAGAAAAAAAAACUGUAAUUUAACAUAACAGCCAAGAUAUUUCCAUGUGAAUGUCCUGCAUUCUGUCUUCACUGUUCUUUGUCCUCUUAGAAGUUUUACUGGAGCAAACCGAAGGUGUUCUUGAUCUGUGGUUGCAAGUAUUUUGUGUGAGAGAUUUGUUUAGCCAACAGCCUUAUUCAGUGGAGAGAUUUGUCAAAAAGCCACUUUUAGUUAGUAGAAGGGGCGAAGCAACAUGUUUCCUUUACUGGUUUAUUUUGGAUACAAAUCUUUCUUUAUUUAUGUGUUAGCUAUUAGCUAUAAGUCUCCUUUUUGUACUGUUUGUCCAUGAUACUGUCUACGAUAUAUUAACAGAUCGUGUGUUGAUAUUUGAUGCUAUGUUUGGUUUGAAGGAAGACUUGUUGGUCUGAUCUAUGGUCCUGGUUUGCGUCGAUGCAGCUACAGACGUUUCUUUGCCCAGGUGUUGUGGCCGAAAUGCUUGGUAAUGUCAACAGAAUGAGGAAUGUGUCCUAAAACCACACAUAUUUCCUCCUUAUAGAAGCUAUAGAAACUUGCAUUUUGGCAACUCGGUUAAUAAAAUCAUAAUGUAAUCUUUGUAUUUAAUAAAUCAUUCAAACUGUAAAUUCUUAAAUAGUGGCCUUUAUUUACCUCAGUGGAAAAGAUGAAGAGGCCCCUGAACAGACUUUUAUUAGGGAUUCAAAACUUUAACUUCUGCUUUCUAUAUAAGCCUCCAUCAAGUAAGCAUGUGCAUUUCCACAGCAGCAAUUGCAUCAAUUGAAGGUAAAAAUGUUUUACCCAUCAGUCUCUUGUCAAAAUACCUUCCCAAAAUGGGUUCAUUUUGGGAACAAAACUACAUUGUUAGAUUCAGAAAAAGAUCAUGCUUAUAAUAAAGUCUGUUUGUAAUGUAAAAUAAAAUAACAUAGCAUAGUUUAUAUAAUGCAUUGAAAGCCUAUGACACCUCAGGAAUGGGCAUUUUAGGACAUGUUUAUCACUUAAUAAAAAAAGAGUCAGUGACAUCAUUUUAGAACUCUGCUGAAGGGGAUUUUCUCAUAGAUCUGACUUUUCACCCUUUUUUUACAUUCAAUGCUUCUUGAGGUUUUCCCAAUGAAGAUGCCAACAUCUGUCUUGAUAUUUUGAGAUGUCAUAGCACCAUGAAUUGGAAAGACAAAAUGUCAUUGUGCUUAUACAUAUGUAAUCAUUGGUGCGGUUGGAUUGCUGCUGCACCGUGCUUUGCUUUGUGUGUAAAAGCUGUGACACCAACAGUUCCUUGAUAAAAACAUGUUGUGAAUCUUAGGAAUGAUUUCUUCUACCUUAUUUAAUACAUUUUGAGUUUUGCCCCAAAAACAGAAUAUCAGAGACAAAUACGGAAAGCAGGAGGCAAUGUUCUUAAAAAGAAUGUGUACAUCAACGCUAUGAAUGUCUCUGAACUAUUCUGAACAGCCUUACAUGACCUUACGUCUUCUUCACUCUUGUAGCUUGUACUCAACAUACAACGUCAUCUUGAGAAAGCAUCUCCUUAACAGGGCUUACAUCUACCGUCGCCAUUUCUGUAAUAAAUUGACUCUUCUUUGCUGAUCUUUUGGCAUCUUGAUGAAGUGUGUUAACUGUGCGAGCAAAUGAGACGCUAAGCACUUGAGCUUAAUAUGCAUAGCAAUUAAGCAAUUAAAUAAUCAGCUAAAUAUCUUUCAUGAUAAGAAAGUUUAAUAUUUGCAUAGCUUGCAGUGCACAUUCAUUUCAUUUCUUACAAAGCAAAACACAAGGUUACUCUAUUUGUCAAACAAAUACCAACAUGUCAACAGAUUACUGCAGUAUUUGACAGGCUCACAAGUUGGCGCAUGGGGUAGAGAGCAUGUGCUGGGUCCGCAGGGUUGGCUGCCCCAUGUCCCAUGUCGAAGUGUCCCUGAGCAAGACACCCAACCCCUAAAUGCUCCCGGCCUAAAGUGUAAAAAAAAUAAAGCAUGGGUAAAAUAAAAUGCAAUGUAAGUUGUUUUGGAUAAAAGCGUCAGCUAAAAUGACAUGUAAUGUAAAAGUUCAGAGUGAUUGAUUGUCAUACACAUUCAUUGAUUUUGGUUUGUCCGAUUUGAUUAGUUACCAGCUUGUAAUUGUUCACACUAGUAACACAGACAUUAGGUAUGAGGCCACAAUUUUUCAAUUAGGAUAAAAGCCAUUUGCACUGCAUCUUUGAAAAAUAUCUAAAUGUAAAAGAUGAAACGUUUCACUCCAUUUUCAUGCUUUAACUAAAUAUUCAAUAUUACAGCUGCGAAUUCUGGGAAACUGACGCAUGCAAAAAUCGAAAUGAUAUGUACAUAUGUACUUUGGUUUAGUGAAUCAGUUAAUAGUAACGUUGUCUGCAUGUAACAAAACCCACAUAAACGUAUCACAAAUUACAGUAGUUCCUUGUAAAAGAAGUGGAUCUUUACGUCAUUUUAUUGACGUGUGGAUGAUGAGGAUGAGUUGAGUGUCACCAUCUGAGGGAAGAAGCUGCUCUUCAAUAUGGGGCAGCUCAGCUGAUCCUUCUUCAUCACGUUGUGGCUGGUUGGUUUUUGUAGAUGGGUACCAAUGAUGUUCUGAGUGCCUUCAAUCACCUGAAUCUCAGGCGAGAUUCUCUGGAAUCUUAUUGUUUGUAAAAGCACCAAUCAGCUGGUUGGUUUAACUGACUUUAAGCAGCAGGUUGCUCUUUGAUUUCCUCUCUAUAUGAAGUGCUGCGGUUGAUUGUAAUCUGGUGUAUGAUGCUGGAGUCCUCCGGAAACUUCUUAACAGAGUUGUCUUUGUUGGGGGCGUUCAGCGUGAACAGGAGGGGGCUAAGCACACAGCCCUGGGGCGCUACUCUAGUGGAGACAUUUAGACUGCCGAUACAAACUCCUGGGGCCCGUUUGGGAGAAAGUCUACUGAGUUGUUGAAGUG